AAGAAAGACUGCAGAAUCGUGUUGUGAUUGUAAAGAAAGUCACGGGGGUUUGACGAGUGUGAAGAAGUGUGGAUUUUCAGUGUAGCAACUUAAAUGACCGUAAUAUGCGAUGCAACUCUAAUCGAUUCCAGUGUUUUGCUGCCUCGAGGUGCGCUUAUUGCAUGGGAAUUGCUCUACCUGUAUUAUCGAUAGACCUUUCUCAAUAAUGGCACACUGGUGACAUCAUGGAAAAUAUCCAAGACCUGACUGAUAAGGAGGCUUCUGAACGGAGAAACUCAAACACAGAAUGGCUACUAACGAAGUGUCGAAUAACAAAACCGCCUCCACCAAAACCUGCCACGAAUCCCCUGCAGUUUAUCAAAGUCGCACCUUGUCCGCUAUUUCAAAAAGCUCACGAACAAAUCAAGAAAGUCGAAGAGAUCAAAAUCAUGCGCCAAGAUAUGAACGAUGAUGCGGAGGAAUGGCAACAGAACCUCGAUAAUUGGAAAAGUAGCAGAAGAAAACGACAGGAGCACAUCAUCGAACGAGUGGUCGAAGUAAAAAAAAUUGAGCAAGAAGGGCACGAUCGAUCUAGAAGAAAGAGCAAAACCUUCAGCGAGAUGUUGGAAGAGCGUAAUAAAAGGGGGCAAAAAUUAAAUAUUCUCGUCUACAAUGACGAUGAGAAUGACCUUAGCGAUUAUGGUAUAGGUAAUACACAUUCAAAGAGUAAUGGUAGCAAGGAUGCAGAUACGGAUGAUAGUUGCAGUCUAUUAGAUGAUAAGGAUCACAUGUCAGAUACUCAAAGUCAAGACACAUCAAAUAUUUCCAACCAAAGUCAAAGUGAAGACGAAAGUCUGAAUCUGCCUAGUAUUGAUAAGGAAAAUAAUUUUAUUGAUACAAAAUUGUUACUAAAUAAGGAUAGCUCGAAAGCGGCGGAUAUUUCGAGAAAAAGCGAUACCGUGUGUAAUUACGAUCUCAACAGAUCAAGCGUUAGUCAGGAGCCACCAAGAUACACUUACGAAGGCGCAAUUCAGGAUUACCGUUCUAGAAUUAAAUUAAAGACGAACAUAGACGACAAAUUUCUGCAAAAGCCGGAUUACAAAAAGCAGGCAGAAUCUCAGAAUAUUCCCAAAGUCGAUAUUUACAAGCGUAAAGAGAUGUUUGAAGUUGAAAAACCUCUGGAAAUUCAUCACCUGGAAUCGAGUACUUCCAGAAGAUUAUCGGAAGAUUUUGUAAAUACGCAAAGUAUUAAGGAUCGUUUAAAGAGUUUGGAGAAGUGUACGGAGCAACCAUUAAAAAGUGUAGAUAAGUGCGCUUCGCAAGUAAAUUCCGUCAAGUCUAGAGUUGUAAGUUUAAAUAAGCAAACCGAAGAGGAUUCGGAAAAUAAUAACUCUCUCAGUAAUUCAAAAUCGAGUAAGAUGCAGUCGCCUCCUAAAUCGAUCAGUUCGUACUUAAACGAUAAUGUAAAUGUGAAGUACAAAAAUCACGAUUGGCAUGUUAAGGAUGAGGUUAGUGAGCGUUGUUCUAGUCCUGAAGCAGAAAUGUAUAUGAAUCAGCUAAAUAUGUUUAAUAGAGAUUUAGACGCAUUUUUGCAAAAGUCGCAUUCAUCUCAUAAUGAUCUUGAAGACGAUUGCGAAAGCUGCAAUUAUCCCAGCUCAAAUUUAUCUGCGGAUAUUAUUGGAUUAUCUUCUGACCGAGAAGACAGCGGGAUUCAUACUGCAGAUGUGUCCUGUUCUGUCAGUCAAGCAGAUGAACCUGUCGAUGAUUCCGAUUUAUCAUCUACUACCAUACCACAUUGCAUCGAAAAGUUAAAUAAAGAGAAAGAACUUCAGCAAGUAUCUGGUGAUGACCUGUUACUCAAGCCUGAUUACUCGACCACGAACAGUAAAGCUUUGAUUAACAAAACUAGAGAAUUCUUGAGCUCAGUGCGGCAUCAGAGUGAUGUAGACCUUGCCACGGAAAAAGAACACGUUGCAUCUAAACCUCUUCCAGCGGCUUCAACCAAAAACACACCAUUUAUGGAUAGAGAAACAUUGAUAUUUCCAAUACAAGAAAAUGUGGACGUAAAGAGGAACGUAUUUUGCGACUCCACUUUUCCGCUGGCUCCGCCUAAAACCACAGAACCUCCAAAGGAAAAACCUCCACCGCCCCCACCAGUUCUAGAAGACAACUUGGAACACGCACCGGAAGAUAAUUUAGCGCUAUUGAAUUCCACGAAGCGUUUAAAGAAAGAAAUACAUAUUAAAAGAUCGAGCUUUUUGGGCCUCGACGAACCAACCCACGAACAGUUGGACCCGGAAAUCAUGUUGGAUAAACCGCCCGAUAUAAAUUCAUUUUUGCAGAAAGAGUCGCAGCUCGAAAAGUCUUUUUAUAAAAAAUUGCAGGGCAGUCGAGAUAAUUGCCUCAGCGAGGUGGAGAGUCAAGAUUCCGGUCUUGAAAGCGAACGUGGAAGACUGUCGAGCGACACAUGGUGUAGCAGUGUUUGUGAUUUGAGCACGCCUACGCAUGGACGACAGGACAGUGAGCAAACCAAUAGUGAAGACGAAAUUAUGAAAAAAGAAAGAGAAAUUAUCGAGUUGAUAGAAAAAGAAGAGAAAUCCCGCGAUGAUUACUCCACUUCUAUGAACAACGUUCAAGACACCUUCAACUAUUCCAAUAAUGCUGCUAUUAACCAACAUUUCACAAAAAAUUAUCUACCAUCAUCCCAUAACGUAGACUAUACCCGCUCAUUUAAUGACGAAGACUCGGAGGUGUUGAAAGUUGAGCACGAAUUACUGCAGCUGGAACGGGAAGAGUUGGAGAGGCGCAGAGAUAAUAUUGCUUUUAGGGAGAAUCACUCACAAAAAUAUUUGCAAAACGGUCGACGUUCGUAUGAAAAUAUUUGUGACUCUACUCAUGUGUAUCCGCCUUAUGAUAAUUUUAACUACCGAAAGUCAUUACCAGAUCUCCAACAUCAAGAUUAUCACAAUUCGGCUCCAAGCGAACUUUACUUUAAAACUGCACUUAAUGUUCAGCUACAAACUCACAAAUCAAUGCCGGACAUCCAACAGUUAUAUCAAAAGUUGACUCCGGAACACAAAAAAUCCAACUCUACUCCUCAUAAUGACAAGCACUUGAUAGUUACCCAUCGCAAAUCCAUGCCCGAACUACAAUUUGAGAAAAUGGUUCCCAUUUUCAAUCCACCUCACUUAAUCAACCGACAACCAAUUAUAGCGGGAAAACCAUUGAAACUUCCCAACAAGGAGCAAAGAGACAAAGGAAGAUACAUGAUGGUGGAGUCAGAGUCCACCCAUUUCCAACACAUUAAACCUGGAAGGCCAAUCACUAGGCCCGGUAUUCACGCCCUAAGCGCUGUGCCUAAAUCAAGACCGCUCUCAAACGAUAAUUGGAUUCAACCGAAAUGUAAUUUGGAAAAUAAAAGUAAAAGUUACGAUCAGCAUUGGUUGUACCAGGAGGCCGAAUUAAGACGAUUAGAAGAGCAGCAAAGAAAUUCCUCACCAAAACGAAUAGGCACACCCAAGAAACAUAUUCCCGAGCCUAUAAUUGAAACAUUAACGCAACGAGUUCAACAUAGGAAUGACCGUUACCAACCCAUUCGAAGACCUAACAAUAGUUCAAAUGAGUUUGCGCAACAUACCUACCUAAAUCACCCGCAUACAAUGGGCCAUGCUUCGCCUUUAUCAUAUCCCCCACCUGCUACCUUGGAAGAUUCUCAAGGCGUUAUGCUUAGUGUGAGCGGAAAGAAAAAAUGUUCUUAUUGUAAUAACGAAUUAGGACGAGGAGCCGCAAUGAUAAUUGAAAGCCUAUGUCUAUUUUAUCAUAUGGAAUGCUUUAAAUGUUGCGUAUGUCAUACUCAACUCGGCGACGGACUGAUGGGCACCGAUGUGAGAGUUCGGAAUCAAAAGCUUCAUUGUCACAAUUGUUACUCUAGCGACGAUGGUGUAAAGUUUAGUUGUGUUUAGAUUUAUAUUGAUGUACAGAUAAACUUGUAGACUUGCUAGGGUAAGUUUUGUAUAUUUAUACAUGUAAAAUAGAAGAACAAAGUAUUUGUGUAUAUAGUUGUUAGAAAUAUGUAUAGAUUACAUACUAGAUAGAGAUGUGGAUAUUAUUAAAUGAAAUUAACAACAAAUGUAUAUAAAUAGCGUUUUCAAACAUAUUUCAGCGGAUCUUCAGUGCAAUGGUAGACAACAAAAAUUCCGUUAAAAGCCUAUUUUGAAUACGCUUAGUUCAUUGAUACUUACUACUAAACGAUAUACAAAUUAAAAGCCAAAUAAGAUUUUUAUAGUUUAUAGAAUUUGAUACCGUAAGUGUGAGUUGAAAAAUGAUUAUUGUGUUAUAUUAAAAAGAGAAGUUAUUCAUACGGAGUGCUUUGUAAAACGCAA